AUGAACUUCCAACGGUUUCUUCUUGUCCUCUGUCUCUCAGUUUUUGUAACUGCGGAGUUAUCCUCAGAUGUGCUCUUGCAUUUGGAAGCAAUUCAAUACCCUAAUGCAAUUCUUCCUAUCUCCGAAUCUAACUUAUCUCUCAUUUCCCAACCAAACAGAAACCACUUCACGUUGUUAGUGUUGACCUCAACUGACGAAAGACACGGGUGUGCCGAUUGUAAUAGACUUAAAGGAUUAUUGAAUCGAUUGUCUGAGAGUUGGUACUCGAAUUACCCUGACUCUACAUACUUGCUUUUUGCCGAGGUAGAUAUCAUUGAUCGCUCCAAUUUGAAGGUAUUUGAGUUCUUGAAUUUGCAAACGGUUCCACAAAUCUGGCUUAUACCCCCUUCUCACGUUGCACAGGAACACAAACUGUCGAGGAAGAUCAGGACGAAUGAGGCAGGCGAGGAAAUAUUCGACAACUUUGACAUUUUGCUCGAGCCACAUGCCCUGUUUGAUAUUCCAGACACCAACUUCGAUGACCAACUUUUUGAGCUUGCCGACUGGCUUGCUCUGAGCAUGCAAAAGAGAAUCAUUUUGAAGCAAGAGCAUGCAAUGGCCAAGUUUGUCGCAACUUUUGGAGUAACGCUUGGAUCCAUCAUUGUCAUAAAGAAAAACAUGCCAGAAUCCCUUUCAUCUGUGAUGAGUAGAGGUAAAAUCUUGCUGUUCUUAGUCAUGUUGUGCCUAUUUGUUCUUUUAGGAGGCUAUUCCUUCACGACAAUCCAGCAGACACCCUUCAUUGCGUAUAACGAAAAGGGACCCAUAUAUCUCAGCGGAGGGCUCCUGUAUCAGUUUGGAGUGGAAAUACUAUUGGUUGCAGGCAUUUAUUUUCUUUUAGCAUCGUCUGUUGUACUACUUUUCUACUUGGGUCAAUACAAUGUUACACAGAAUAGCCAAAUCAAGGCGAACGGAAAGUUAGCUGUUCUUCAAAUAUUGACUUUGGGGGCCAUUUACAUUUUUUUCAGUGUCUUAACUAGCAUGUUCUUGAGGAAGGAUCAUGGGUAUCCAUAUGGCUUACUCAAGUUGUUCUAG